AUGACGCUCCCUCGAUACCCGAGCGAGUACAUGGAGAUGACCGACAAUGUGGCUGGUGAAGCUUCGAAGAAUUCCAACGCCCAAGGCCGCCUGGCGCGGGACUUGGGCCACAGACCUGGCAAAUCCGAUGGUGUUGUCUUCCGGGAAGACUCAUACAUCCCCGGCGAUAACAGCAAAUACGACUUCUUUCUGCGAGCCCAGAACCGUCACAAGUCCCUACCGCCGCUACCCUUGGUGUACAUGUCUUCCAGCAACCGGCCAGAGAAGCUCUACGACUACGAUUCGUCUGGCGCAUCAACACCUCGCCCAUCGCCCGAUCCCCCCUAUCACGUCUUUUCGAAAAAUGAAAAAUGGAUGGUUAUUGUGAUCAUCGGGGCCGCUGGCUUAUUCUCUGGUCUUUCAUCGAACAUCUACUUCCCAUCUCUGGACGCGAUUGCUCAGGAUCUGAAAGUUAGCUUGAACAUGGUGUCUCUUACUAUCACAUCGUACCUGAUCAUUCAAGGCAUAUCUCCAUUACUUUGGGGAUCCAUAUCUGAUGUUCUCGGCCGACGACCCAUUUACAUCGCUUCAUUCGCUGUAUACAUUGUUGCCAACAUUGCUUUGAGUUUCUCUCCCAGCUUUGCAAUCCUGUUGGUCUUCAGGGGCCUUCAGGCAGCCGGAAGUGCUUCGACAGUCAGUAUUGGGAAUGGCGUCAUUCAGGAUAUCUCUCCCUCUUCCGAAAGAGGAGGUUUCAUCAGCUUUUACCAAGCGAUUCGAAAUUUUAGCAUAGCCGUCGGCCCCGUCCUCGGCGGAUUACUAUCCAACUACUUUGGCUUUCGUUCGAUUUUCGUGUUUCUCCUCAUUAUCUCAACCAUCACUCUCGCCGUCAUCAUUACGUUCCUUCCCGAGACCAUGCGCAGUAUUGCCGGCAAUGGUAGCAUUCGACUCGAUGGAAUGUACAGACCCCUCGCCCGAUACGUCCGCGGAGAUCCCGAGUACGUUGAACAGAGCUCGGUGAAGUCUUCGCCGCGAAAGAAGGUGACUUUCAUGACAUUCGUGGAGCCCUUAAGGCUCUUGAUCCAGAAGGACAUUCUUAUCAACCUUGUAUUUGGCGGCAUCAUCUACGCUAUUUGGAGUAUGGUGACAUCCAGUACUACGGGUCUCUUCAAGGAAAGCUUUGGUUUGAACGAGCUCCAGAUCGGACUCUGCAAUCUCCCCAACGGCCUCGGAACUAUUGUUGGAUCGACAAUCGUUGGUAAACUGAUGAACAAGGACUUUGCUGCGGCCGAAGUGGCAUACAAGUUAGCUCGAAACGAGCCGUCCAAGAAGAAGCUAUCAUCAAAGGAUGUGCCGGCAGACUUCCCCAUUGAACGAGCACGUUUGCAACGACUUCCUUGGGCUGUGGUUAUCUUCGUUAUUACAACAGCUGGUUAUGGCUUUAGCAUGGCGUACCCCUCGAUCACGAGCCUCGGUGGCUGGAUCGCAGUCCCGCUAGUGUUGCAAUUUUUCAUUGCAGCUACCAGCAACGCUGUCUUCGCUCUGAACCAGACAUUGGUAUCAGACCUCUGCCCAGGCAAGGGCGCGAGUGCUACUGCCAUCAACAAUUUGGUUCGCUGCAGCUUGGGUGCCGUGGGCGUUGCCUUUGUUGAGCAAAUGAUCGCUCUUGCGGGAGUUGGACCGACGUUUCUAGGCUUAGCGCUGAUCACGGUAUCCGUGACGCCGUUAGCUGUGAUUCAUUGGAACUGGGGCCAGCAGUGGAGAGCCGAGAGGAUGAUGGCUAAGGAGGUGGCAGAUGAGGAGAAUGCCAAAAGCAAGAACUGA